UUAGGUUAUCGCACAGCACUCAGUACACAACUUUACAAACAAGGGAGGAAAGGAGAGCGUACACACUCUGAGCGAAAUUCAGAGCGGCAUUCACAGCUUACUGGUCACCUACUGACGCCGGUGUACUCCACAAGGCUUCAGAAAAAGAAGUUAGCUGCAGGGAGAGGGGACAGCCACGAGUCCGCUGUGAUAAUGAGUCACAUCAAGAUAGACAUGAGCAGAAGUCAGCCGUGUGCAAGUACCGACCUGGAGGAGCCUGAGUACGAUGUGGUGGACAACCACGAGGGGACAUUCAAUGUACACAUCCUCCCGGCGAGACCAAUCAACGAAGAUAGAUUAUAUGCAGACAGGGAUCUCCCGAGGUCAACUUCUUCUCAGAACUUUUCAUCCGCUCAGAACCGUCCCAGAUGUCCGUCCAGAAACAUCCCUCGAGUUCCAGGACCCGCUGUAAACAGAGAGCUGAAGCCCACAAAAAGAAAAAACAAAUCAAAGAAGAGUCCCCCACCUGCACCCCCAGAGGAUCAGACCUCAGAGAGGUUUGCUCAGUCACCUCCGCCUUCUGUCCAGGAAAUGAUCGACCGUCUGACUGUGCACACCAUCAGUGACAGAGAUUUACAUCUGAGGAGAACUGAACAUGCAGACUUUGAGUCCCAUAACAGAGUUCGGCAGAGGGCUGAAAGUGUUUCAGGAGCUUCAAGUAACCAAAGGCAUUCUUUGGAUUUGGAUACCCAGGAUUUUGAAAAAAGAUCACCACAGGACUUGGAAAGGGUGCCGUCGAGACGCCACCACGAGUGGCCGCAGACUAAAGAAGACAUCGACCAGCAUGACUUUAUUCCAAUGCAAAAACCACAGAUCUACUGUGAAGAAGACUGGUAUGUCGGGGCCUGUAAACGUACAGAUGCUGAGCAUGCUUUACACCUGGUGAACAAGGACGGAGCUUUUUUAGUUCGAGACUGCUCUACCACCAGUAACAGUGAACCCUUGGUCUUAGUUGUGUAUCAUCAGAAGAAAGUCUACAAUGUAAAAGUUCGGUACAUAGAGAGCGUCAACAAGUACGCGCUGGGAACAGGACAAAGAUCCAAUGAUGUGUUUGACUCUGUGGAACAAAUCAUCAAAUUUCACUCCAUAUUCCCCAUAAUAUUCAUCAGCGGGAGAAAUGUGACCGGGACUAAAUACCCGGAUAACUGUGUCCUGACAUGUCCGAUUACCAAACAGGAUCUGGAUCAGCUUCUACAGUAACACUUCAAGAAGAUCGACUGAAUGCUUUUUCUAAAUAAAGUUUUGGUUUUUUUCAAGGCCAUUUCAUUUGAAGCUGUGUAGCUACAGCCUGGCUGAUUCUUUCUUUUAAUCGUGUUUUGGUUUAUUUGAAAGUUUUCUGAAACUGAAUGUAAAUUUGAUACAUUUUUAAUCUUCAUGAUUAGCUUCAUUUAUUUAAAAUUAAGCAAAAUGAAACUUGAAUGCAGUCAUUUUCUGAACGUUAACAUGAAAUAAAUGUCUACAAAUAAUCACUUAGAAUAUACAUUU